AUGGCUCCCCAGACCGGCCCCAGCGAGAAGGGGACGGGAUCUGUUCCAGCCUUCCCACAGCUCUUCACCUGGGAAGAGAUCGGGAUCCGCAACGGCCGCGGGCAAGGCCGGGAGCAGUGGCUGGUGAUCGACAGGAAGGUUUAUGAUGUCAGCGAGUUUUCCAAGAGACAUCCCGGGGGCAGCCGGGUUAUCAGCCACUAUGCCGGGCAGGAUGCCACGGAUGCCUUUGUGGCAUUUCACAAUGACAAGUCCCUGGUGAAAAAGUACCUGAAAUCUCUGCUGAUUGGGGAGCUGGCACCAGAUCAACCCAGCUUUGAGUCUAAUAAAAAGAAAUCCCUCUUGGAGGAUUUUCGUGAGCUGCGCUGCACCAUUGAGAAGAUGGGACUCCUGAGGCCAAAUUAUUUCUUCUUCUUCCUGAUUUUCCUUCACCUCCUGGUGCUGGAGGCUGCAUCCUGGCUCGUGCUUUGGUACUUUGGCAUAUCCCUGGUGCCUUUCCUGGCUGGCAUGUUGUUCUUCACCACUGCUCAGAUUCAGAUGGGCUGGUUCCAGCAUGAUCUGGGGCACUGCUCUGUCUUCAGGAAGCCCAGGUGGAAUCAUCUCCUGCAGAUCGUGGUGAUAAACGUGCUGAAGGGGCUGCCAGCCAGCUGGUGGAACCACCUGCACAACCAGCACCACGCCAAGCCCAACUGCUUCCGCAAGGACCCCGACCUCAACAUGCACCCUCUGCUCUUCAGCCUGGGAAAGACCCUCUCCGUGGAGCUUGGAAAGCAGAAGAAGAAGUUCAUGCCUUACAAUUACCAGCACAAGUAUUUCUCCUUGCUGGCCCCGCUCGCCCUCAUUCCCUUCUUCCAGCUGUCAAUAUUCUACUUUGGAAUCAAGAGGAAAAAGUGGUUGGAACUGAUGUUGGUUGUGGCUUUCAACAUCCGAGUCUGCCUCAUGUACGUUCCUUUAAUGGGAUUUAAAAUCUUCAUGAUCUACUACUGGCUGUCCAGGUACCUUGAGAGUACCUGGUUUAUUUGGGUGUCCCAGAUGAAUCACAUCCCAAUGAACAUUGACUAUGACAAGAACAAAGACUGGGUGUCUACUCAGCUCCACGCAACCUGCAACGUGGACCAGUCUGUGUUCAAUGACUGGUUCACUGGGCACCUGAACUUCCAAAUUGAGCACCACCUGUUCCCCACAAUGCCUCGGCACAACUACUGGAAAGUGGCUCCCCUGGUGAAAAGCCUGUGUGACAAGCAUGGCAUUGAGUACAAAAGCAAAACUUUGUUGACAGCCUUUGUAGAUAUUUUGCACUCCCUGAAGGAUUCUGGGGAGCACUGGCUGGAAGCAUAUCUGCAUGGAUAGAAACUGGCAACUUUCCAAGGGAAUCCCUUUACCACACAACUGCUGCCAAGAGUCAGGACACACCAGCACUGUGCGUGUCCCCAGGCACAGGAACUCAGGAGCUGGGCAAAGUUAAUUUCAGUAAGAAUGAAAUGGGAAAGUGGCUUCAAGAAACAUUUUUUUCCUUGUUCUCAACCAUGAACCUCUGUUUUUUCCUGCUCUCAAUCUCAGAAUUCAGAGAUGGGCUUUUAAACUUGGGGAGAAGUAGCUCUUGAAUCAGCUUGAUCAGUUCAACUUUAUUGGAAGUGCAGCUGCUUGCUUAUGGAAGAUGUUUGAAAGGAAAUUCUUCUCAGAGUCAUGGAAUCCUGGAAUGGUUUGGGCUGGAAGGGACCUUAAAGAUCCUCUUUCUCCACCCCCUGCCACGGGCAGGGACAUAUUCCACCAGACCAGGUUGCUCCAAGCUCUGUCCAGCCUGGCCUUGAACAGUUCUAGGAAUGGGACAUCCACAGCUUCCCUGGGAAACCUGUUCCAGUGCCUCACAAUAAAGAAUUUCUUCCUAAUAUCCAAUCUACAUCCACCCUCUGUCAGUUCAAAACGAUUGUCCCUCAUCCUCUCCCUACAAGUUCUGACAAAACUCGCCUUCUUCCUCACAAGCCUCUUUCUAUUAAGGUCUCCUUUGUGUUCUUGACUCAGUGGAUCAGUGGAAAAAAUGCAGGAAAAGUGUGAGACGUCAGGAGACAUUAGGUCAAGGGGAAUUUUUAAGGGAUCUUCUAGAACAGACCAAAUAAAUGUUCAAAGAACGAGGUGGCUUCUGGGGCAUGUCUCCAUCACUUCUGGUCACUUUGCUGUGACUAUGAGGGGUUGUUGCAGGUUCUGUUCCUGGAUUGCAUGGACAGGCAGACCAGCUGGGGCUGCUUACACCUGCAGGAGCCAGUGGGAACAUAGUUUGUAUGGCAUGUGGUAUCUGUGGGCGUAAAUACAUGUCUGGGUUUUAACUGAGGGCUGACUGUGCUCUCAGAUUGGAUUUCUGCUGUAGACCAGCUUUGAAUCAGGCUGAGAAGACAAAGCAUUGAGGAGUAGGUCCAGAUUUCAAGGAUAUUUAGGGUACUCUUGCUCUUAUAUAUAUAUUACAUUUUAUCUAGAAGUUUACCUCUUGGUGGCUUAGUUUUACAAGCGAAUUAUGAACAAAGUUCUUGAUCGUGGUUUUUAGAUUGAAGUCAAAGCCUGUUUUAAAAGGAGAUUUUUAGAAGCUGUUUUAGAAGGAGAUUUAUCUUGCUGAUUUUGAAAAGCAGUUGUGAUUCAAUGACAUUUUCUAAUGCCACUUAGAGCAAACAUAUUCCAUUUUGGGACUGGCAGAACUCAUGUGGUGCUGUACCCACCUCACUGACCCAAAACCAAGAAGCUUUUAGUGGCAAAUAAAGAUACAAUUUGCCCAUAAAAGCAAAGGCCACAUUGUUCUUCUCCUCUGUCUUCACACCCAGAACGUUCAGUGGAUAAAUCAUCCACAGAAGGAAUAUGUGGGAGAUUUAAAAGCAGUUCACUGUGUUGCAAUUUACAGACAACAACACCCCUCUUCUGGGUAACAGGAUCAAGCCUAACGAACAAAGCAUUAGGAGUUUGGACUUUUUUAUUUUUGCCUUUUUGUUUUUGUUUUUGUUUUUCCAGAACAUCUGCAUUCAUCCUUUUUAUUUAAAUUUUUGUGUGUAGGUGGAAGUACCAAUAACACUGUCCUGGCUAUAUCAUAAUAAUGGCUGACAUAUGUUUUUGAAAAGAGCCCUGUUUAAAAAAAUUUUUAAAGUGUUUAAAAUGUAGUUUAGAAAUCCCUGCUAAUUGGUCCCCACAGCAAUUUUGUUCUCAAAUCCAGGACUGGUUAUAAUGGUGAUACCCAUAAUUAUUUGCAAAAGCAGAAAAAUUUUAUAAUUAUUUAAGGGAUAAUACUGCCUUAAGAUGAUUGCAGGAUUUCAUGGUACUACAUAAAGGCAUUUUAGGAUUGCUGUCCUGCUGAAGGUGAUAUAAAUAUUGAGGAUUCCUCCUUCUAUUUGCCAGUGAGACUUGAAAGCUGUGCUGAUCCUGUGUCCCACUGAAGUCAAUACAAGGCUGAAUCAAAAGGGUUCUUUGUGGUGUCAGUCUCAUAAAUUAAACUGAUCAUUUGUAGAGUUUAAUUAGAAUUCUGCUUAUUUGAAUGCCAUUAUUUAUUGAUUCUUUUUCCAAUCU